AUGGUUUUGGAUAUCUAUCUGCAGUACGAGGAAGACCAAGCUAUUGAACCUUCGAUCGGAACUGUAGACGAAACCAGUUCCCUUGUGAGCUCAUCUUCUGGACGUCAAGGCGCUUCGCAGAUUCCUACAAACUCCACAUCGUAUUCGACGUCUCCUGUUCACGUUCACGCCGAAGGGGUGCGUGAUCAAUCAACACGUUUUUGUGAGGACAGGGGUGGUUGGACUGUGGUGAUAUUCAGUCUUUUUAGGUGGAUGGAUUAA